CCCAAUUUUAAUGUUUCUGGCUCAAUCUGCAAAGUCACUUCCCUUUGGUCUCGCUCAUCGCUAGAUUGCACCACACGUAAUCUAGGUCACUAUGCCGGAGUCAAAGCAGCCGCACUUCGAAACUCUUCAACUCCAUGCAGGUCAAGAACCGGAUCCUACAACCAACGCUCGUGCAGUGCCGAUUUACGCGACUACUUCAUAUUCUUUCAAUGAUUCUGCACAUGGAGCCAGGCUAUUUGGUCUCAAAGAGUUUGGCAACAUCUACAGCCGAAUAAUGAACCCAACGGUCGAUGUCUUCGAGAAGCGUAUUGCAGCCCUCGAAGGCGGCGUUGCAGCCGUGGCUGCCGCCUCUGGUCAAGCAGCACAAUUCAUGACCAUUUCAGCCCUUGCCCAUGCAGGCGACAACAUCGUAGCGACCAGCAACUUAUAUGGUGGCACGUAUAACCAAUUCAAAGUUCUCUUUCCACGCCUGGGCAUUCAUACCAAAUUCGUCGAAGGGGACUCCCCGGCUGCCAUUGCUUUAGCCAUUGAUGAACGGACAAAAGCGGUCUAUGUUGAAAGCAUAGGAAACCCCCGUUAUAAUGUGCCUGACUUUGAGGCUAUCGCUGAAGUCGCCCAUGAGAAGGGCGUUCCACUCGUGGUGGACAAUACGUUCGGAGCCGGUGGCUACUAUUGUCGCCCCGUUGAGCACGGCGCAGAUAUAAUUGUACACAGCGCUACCAAGUGGAUCGGCGGCCACGGGACUACGAUCGCCGGCGUUGUCGUUGACAGCGGCAAGUUUGACUGGGGUAAGCAUGCGGCACGCUUCCCCCAAUUUGUGGAGCCUUCUGAGGGCUAUCAUGGUCUGAAAUUUUGGGAGACUUUUGGCAAUAUUGCUUUUGCCAUUCGUGUGCGUGUGGAGAUCCUUCGCGAUCUCGGCCCUGCCCUGAAUCCCUUUGCUGCGCAGCAGCUUCUCCUCGGCAUUGAGACCCUCAGUUUGCGUGCCGAGAGACAUGCGAGCAAUGCCAUCACACUAGCAAAAUGGCUGAAACAGCACGAAAAAGUGAGUUGGGUUUCAUACCCGGGUCUCGAGGACCAUUCCAGCCACGAAACCGCCAAGCGCUACCUUCCCCGAGGAUUCGGUGGAAUGUUAUCAUUUGGUGUGAAGGGAGGUGCCGCGGCUGGAAUUCAGAUAGUUGACGGCUUCAAGCUUAUCUCAAACGUUGCAAAUGUCGGAGAUUCGAAGACCCUGGCAAUCCAUCCUUGGUCGACGACACACGAACAGCUUACGGAACAAGAGCGGAUUGACUCAGGAGUCAGUGAAGAUGGCAUCCGAAUCUCCGUUGGUACGGAGCAUGUCGACGAUAUCAUCGCUGAUUUUGAGCAGUCUUUCAAGGCUGCGAGUGCACUGUGAUUCGAGGGUUUUUGCUCAACAUCGGAAUCUUACUCGUACACUUACCAAGAAAACACGAUAACUACUAUUCAUUGGGAUGGAUACUGAACUUAAAUCAGCCCAGAGGGCUAACCGCCCUCAAGUGCGAUAUGGUUUUUCUCUGAUAUCCCCGAGUCAAUUGCUUAAUCAAGCAAUGUCACGUACGAUGAACAAUUGACAGGCCACAUGCUCCCGGUUAUAAGAGCAUGGAGAGCGGAGGAUCUCGUAGUCCACCUGUUGGUGCGUGCUACAAAAUAGGCAAACCUAAGCAGAGACCUAUUCCUAGGGCGAUACUUCCUUACCCAAAAUAUAUAGUGCGUAGAAAUG